AUGGUGCUCUCCACGCAAAAGGACUUUCCUGACCCGCAGUGGGUCAGGCACGACGUCGCGACGGGCACGCUGAUCGUCUCGCGGCCGUACGGGCGGGUUGUGUACGGCUGCCACGGCUUCAUGCUCGCCCCGGCGGGCGAGGCGCCGUCUGCGCCGGACGCCGUGGACAUGGGGGAGUUCGAGGUGCGUCCGAUCUCGGAGGACGACCUCUCGCUGAUCGUGCGCGUCGGCAAGGGCCUGUUCCGCGCGUUCUGCUCCAGCCUGAUGCAGUUCGUGGGCGUGCGCUUCGUCGACACGGGCAGCGUCUCGCACGACCGGCGGCGGCUGAUCGGGGAGCUGGUGCUGCAGAUGGAGGACCCGGCGCCCGCGGGGAUCGUCCCCGUGCACGGCGUGUUCCGCGCGCGCGCCGAGAACCGCGUGGCGGUGGUGUUUCCGUACGUCAGGGGGGGGACUCUCGGGGACCUGUUGGCGUCCGUGCAGGGCGGCGACGAGGAGGGCGACGUCGCGACGAUCGACCCCAACGUCCUCUCCACCGUCGCAGCCGACGUCCUCGAGGGCCUGGCCUUCCUGCACGCCAAGGGCAACGCGCACCUGAGCAUAGACCCCUCCAAGAUCCUCCUGAGUCAGGACGAGGGCGCGGCCUACCUGUCGGGUACUGGACUGAUCGAACGCAUGGACGCCGAGCGGCCCCGGCGCGGGAUGCCGACGACGUACUCGCCGCCGGAGAUCGUCGGGAGCGCCGCCGCGGUCCUCCCGCAGGGCGCCGGCGCCGCCGCGGACGUCUGGGCCCUGGGGGUGUGUUUGGCUGAGUGCGCCGUGGGGUGCAACCCCAUCGCUGACUCGGUCGGACAGGACCUGCCGUUCGCAGUCUGCCACCGCCCGAUCGCGCUUCCGGAGGAGAGCUUCGAGGCCUGCCCGGACCUGCGCGACUUCAUCGUCCGCUGCCUGGAGCGCCAUCCGCAGCGCCGGCCGUCCGCGGCGGACCUGCUGAACCACCCGUUCGUUGCAGGGCGCCACGGAGCCUCCCCGGAGGCCUCCCGCGACCUGCUCCGCGCCUACGUGCGCCGCUACGGCCCGCAGAGCGGGCCGUUCACGGGCCUCGAGGCCACGCUCGUCGUCAGCACCCUGUACAGCGUUGUGUUUGGAUCCGACGCCGCGGCGGGGAUGCAGCUGGGGUCGCACAUGUACGCGGAGGCUGCGCCGAUCAGCGUGGACGGCAGGCGCGCGCCCGCGACGCCGCAGGGCCGCGACGUGGGUCUGCAGGCGCUGCGGGCCGCCCGCGCGGCCCCAGCGGACAUGCGGUGGGAGAUCGUGGCGUGCCACGUCACGCCCGUCGUGGAGACCAAGGACGGGGAGGACGCCGGGGAGGAGCACGCGGGGCUGUACAGCGUAGUGACGCGGAGCACGCUGGUCCGGAAGCCGACGCUGGGGGGCAACAGCGCGUCGUACCAUAAGGGCAUGGUGGCGUCGUGCAUCGAGGACCGGUUCGUGGUGGACGCGUCGCGCGUGGCGGGGACGGACCCGACGCUGGGGACGACGAUCCUGGAGCACGACUCGCGGCGCGUGCCGAUGUAG